GACCUUCGCAUGCGCUCCGGGGAUGCGGCCUGCUGCCGGCCGCCCGGGGAGGAGGCUGUUGCUGCUCACUGUCUCUGUGCUUGCAGGGUGUGGACUCGCUGGUCCUGGAGAGCGUGAUGUUCGCCAUCCUGGCAGAGCGGGAGCUGGGGCCCCGGCUCUACGGCGUCUUUCCCCAGGGACGACUGGAGCAGUACAUUCCGAGCCGGCGCCUCCGGACUGAGGACCUGUGGGACCCCGACAUCUCCAGGGAGAUCGCAGUGAAGAUGUCCCGGUUCCAUGGCAUGGUGAUGCCCUUCAACAAGGAGCCCAAGUGGUUGUUUGGGACCAUGGAGGGGUACCUGAAGCAGAUUUCAGAGCUCACCUUCCCUGAAGAAGCCCAGCUGAAGAAGUUCAACUGCCUCAAGGCUUAUAACCUGCAGGAAGAGAUGAAGAGCCUCAGGGAGCUGCUGGAGUCCACGCCCUCACCUGUGGUCUUCUGCCACAAUGACGUCCAGGAAGGGAACAUCCUUCUGCUGGCUGGGCACGAAGCUUCCUCCUCCGACAAGCUCAUGCUCAUCGAUUUUGAAUACAGCAGCUACAACUACCGGGGCUUUGAUAUCGGCAACCAUUUCUGCGAGUGGGUUUACAACUACACCCAUGAUUCCUGGCCCUUCUACAAGGCUUCCCUGGAGAACUAUCCAAAUCGGCAGCAGCAGCUGCAUUUCAUUCGACACUACCUCUCUGAGGACUCAGGACGACGUGGGGACACUACACACGAAGAGCAGGCCCGCAUUGAGGAAGAGAUGCUCACUGAGAUCAACCGGUUUGCUUUGGCCUCUCACUUCUUCUGGGGCCUGUGGUCCAUUCUCCAGGCAAAGAUCUCCACCAUCAAGUUUGGGUACCUGGACUAUGCGCAGAGCCGCUUCGAGGCCUACUUCCAGCAGAAGGCGCAGUGCCGGUGAUCGCCCUGGCGCCAGUGCCUCCCCAGCCCUGCCCGCCCCACGCUUUGAGUCUGCAGCCUCUCCCUGGCCUGGCACAGAUGUGUGCCGGGCAAUGUCUGUGCCCAGCCACGGCCCUGCGGGCAGGCCAGAGACAGGGUACACAGUUCUGUGGGUGGGCUGGCUCCUUGCUGCGAGAGGGGCUGCCCCACGUUCUGGGUGCCCAGGUGCCAGGAGGUUGCCCGGGAUCAAUGCCGCAGCAGCUCAGGGGGCAAGCAGGGGCAGCUGCCCCACUGGGUAUGUAAAAGGGGCAGGAGGGGAUGAGGAGGUGCCGUGGCUCAGUCCCCAAGGCUCCACAGUUGCGUUGGGAGAGAGGUGGGUCUGCCCAGCCUGUACGUCAUGAAAAGAGGAGGUAUAUCCUGCCAUGAAGAGGUGCUGUGGGUGAACAGCCGAUACGGUGGCUCACCUA